GCGCUCAGAGUGAUUGCAGAGGUGACAGAUGAGUUGCAUCUGCGUUGGAGCAAGCUACCUCCGCCCUACUGGACCAAAGUGUACAUUCAUGGCAACUUGAAUGGUGUGGAGAAGGACGAAAAAUCUGCCCUUAGUCUGCCCAAUGGUCAUCAAACGAGUGAAAAUGGCAGUGAUACACUGCGCUAUAGACGGAAGUCCUAA